UGUUGCCCCGCCAGUCAGUGAACAACCGGGGAGUAGGCAUGCUGAAACGCCAAGAUCCUGCCUAGGUUUCCCCUGCGUUUCUGAAAGAGUAUUGAAUUAUGACGGGGAGCGUGUUGAAAAAACGAAUCGUUUUUCGCAAUUGAGUCGCAGAAAUCACAGAAGCAGAAAAUCAGUUGAAGAGAAACAGUUGAGUCAGCCAGCCGGUCUGACAGCCAGCGUGUGGGAAUGGCAGCUCCCCGGCCGAUAAAAGGCAUCCUGAAAAACAAGAACAGCGGGACAAACGUCAAAUCGCUGCCCGACGAGGUGCCGGUGGAGAAUCCUGAACAAGCCCCCGGACUCUCGGAGGAUGACCAACAGAAGAAAUCCCAGAAAUGGGAUGAGAUGAACAUCCUGGCCACAUACCAUCCAGCCGACAAAGACUACGGCCUGAUGAAGAUAGACGAACCCAGCACACCUUACAACAGGAUGGUGGGGGACGAUGAUGACGAAGGGGCACUGAGUGACUCCGACAGCCACAGUGGACUUGUAGCUGAUGACCUGGCAUCAAAGCUGGUGGCAGCUGAGGGUUCAGAGCCUCGCUUCAUGAAGGAAGAGGAAGAGAGUAGUGAGGAGGAGGAAGAGGAGCUGACUCCUGAAGAACAAGCCAAAAAGAAGCAUUUUCAGAUGAUGAGGAAGAUGCACUACAACGAGGGCCUGAACAUCAAACUGGCCCGACAGCUCAUCGCCAGCGAAUUAGAAGAUGACGAAGAUGCAGACGAAGAGAUGAGGGAUGACACAGAAGAGGCGAGGGAGGACACAGAGGAGACAGAGGAGAUCAAUGUUGACCCACCACAGGAAGCUGAUUCUCUGGACUCGUAAAUGAGGCCUCUCUCCCUCCUUCAGCCCUGUGUGUCGGCUCAAGAUCCAGACAGACAGUGCCACUGCGCUCUGUGUUUCAGUGCUGGACCACAGAGCAGACACAGCUUCACCACCCAUAUAACACCCCUCAACAGCCAAUAACCUCCCGGUCACCUGUCUGUCUCUACUAUUCCGUAGAACUGUGCAAUAUAACCUUCAAACACACUGGGUUUUUUUUUGUUUGUUUGUUUUUUUUACCUCCCAGAUUCAGUACAAACACACAAGUGAAGACUGUGUCCCUCCUCUUCCCUCUCCUGUUGCCAAGAAUUUUCCCCUCCCACCUCUUCUGGACUGAAGAAUAUGUGAUUCCGACCCUGAAAGGAGGAUCAAGGCCUUUUUUUUUAAAAAAACAAAACAAACAAAAAAAAACUGUCGGAUAACCAGAAGUCCCAUCUGGCCACUCCACAGUCCCUCUGCAGGCUAUAGAGCCAGUACGUCAGCCCUGGUGCAAGCCAGGGGAAACCCCAUGGCCUCACUAAAGGCAUAUCUGAGACAUGAUGACAGUGCUUCUACUGGGUGCCCUUCAGACAGCUUUUAUUUUUGUUUUGCUUUGUGACCCACCGCUCUGUCGCAUUUUCUUUGCACCUCCAGUACUCAUUGUGUUAAAAGUUGGACAAAAUGACGAUUAAUUAGAUUGUUUGUUGUUGUUUUUAUCCCUGCACUCAUCCUGAUACACGGUUACAUGGCUUACCUGUAAUGCUGUGCCAUCAGAUUCGGACUAUUUCACUUUACAUUUCAUAACUCGCUUUACAUUGGCGUAAUGGAGUUAUGAAAUAAUGAUAAUAGGGGGUCUAUAUAUUAAUUUCUUCUAGUAAAUGAUAACGUAGCCUACACAAUCUAAGUUUCAGCAUUUAAAAAAAAAAAAAAUCUAACUUUGACAUCAUACAACCAGCAAUACAUACUAUUGAGUGAUACAUGUAUGUUGUAGUAAGCAGUACAGUAUGGCUUUAAGAUCGAGUAAAAUAACAGAUUUUAAGUAUUACGUUGGCAUUUUGCUGACUUGGCCUCAG